AUGGCUGCUGAGGGCCAAAACAAGCAGAAGGCAACAGACAAUGCUUCUAACACUAUUAUUGCACCUAAACAAAAGGCCAAGGAAAGUUCAGUAGAAGAUGUAGCAGAAUCCUCGGAGGCCAAACUAGAAAAACUCAUGAAGGAUUGGGUCUCACCUAUAUAUGCUUUUUUUCACCCGACACCGGCAAUUGAGUAUCAUGAGCAGCGCCGCUGCCAUGUCUUCAAAUGUGCAGCCCACAGCUGCAACCACAAAGUUUGGCGUUACCUUGAUAAGAAAGAUGCAAAGUCAACAAGCAACAUGCGUAAGCAUGUGAAGAGCUGUUGGGGCGACACAGCAUUACAAGCCGCAGUUGAUUGUGGCAACACGAAAGCGGCAUGCAAUGGGCCAAUCAAGAGUAACAUCACUUGCUACGAGGGUGCCGCUAAUCCACAGGAUCGAGGAUUCAUCUCGUUAAUGAAAACGGGACAGCCAGAAUACUACAUACCUGCACCGAAAACUGUUGUGCGAGAUGUCAGGUUGGUGUUUGUUAAAACAUAG